CACCCGUUAUCCUAAUAAAUAAAAUGAGAGGAUAAUAUUUUGGACGGAGGGGGAGUAUCUGGUAAACCAUUUUUUCUACCACUUAAACAAUCAAAUUCGAUUUGCUUCAUCUCUGUCCAUCCUAGAGAGAGAAAAACAAGAGAGAGAGAGAGAGAGAGACAGAUAGAGGGAGAUGUUGCAGUGUAUAUUUCUUCUCUCAGAUUCUGGGGAGGUAAUGCUUGAGAAACAGCUCACUGGACAUCGGGUUGAUCGGUCUAUAUGUGCUUGGUUUUGGGAACAAGCAAUCUCACAAGGUGAUUCCUUCAAGCUUGUACCGGUUAUUGCUUCGCCAACACAUUACCUUUUUCAAAUUGUUCGUGAGGGUAUCACGUUCUUAACAUGCACCCAAGUUGAAAUGCCACCUCUAAUGGGAAUUGAGGAUCGGGUAUCUAAGAAGCAAAUUGGGACCGACCGUAGAGUUGGAGAUUUCUAUGUGUUCCUUUGCAGAGUGGCUGAUGUUCUCUCUGAUUAUCUUGGAGGGAUGAAUGAAGAUUUGAUCAAGGAUAACUUUGUUAUUGUAUACGAGCUUUUGGAGGAGAUGAUAGAUAAUGGAUUCCCUCUCACAACAGAGCCUAACAUCCUGAGGGAGAUGAUACCUCCUCCAAAUAUUGUUAGCAAAAUGUUGAGUGUUGUGACUGGCAACAGUUCCAAUGUGAGCAACACCCUUCCAGGUGCAACAGCAACUUGUGUUCCAUGGAGGACAAUGGACCUGAAACAUUCAAAUAAUGAAGUUUAUGUUGAUCUCGUUGAAGAAAUGGAUGCAAUAAUAAACAGGGAUGGAGCGCUGGUGAAAUGCGAGGUUUAUGGUGAAGUUCAAGUGAACUCCCAUCUCUCAGGUCUUCCUGAUUUGACUCUUUCAUUUGCAAAUCCUUCUAUUCUAAAUGAUGUGAGAUUCCAUCCAUGUGUUCGGUUUCGUCCAUGGGAAUCCCACCAGAUUCUGUCAUUUGUGCCUCCUGAUGGGCAGUUUAAGCUCAUGAGUUACAGAGUCAAAAAGUUGAAGAGUACUCCGAUAUAUGUAAAGCCACAGCUAACCUCAGAUUCUGGGACAUGUCGAGUCAGUGUUUUGGUAGGAAUACGAAAUGAUCCUGGAAAGACAAUCGAUUCAAUAACUGUCCAAUUUCAACUGCCCCCUUGCAUUUUAUCAGCUGAUCUGACCUCAAAUCACGGAACAGUAAACAUCCUUGCUGAUAAGACCUGCUCUUGGUCAGUCGGACGGAUCCCAAAAGAUAAAGCCCCAUCAAUGUCUGGGACACUAGUCCUUGAGACGGGCUUAGAGCGCCUUCAUGUAUUUCCCACGUUUAAAGUGGGUUUCAGGAUUAUGGGUGUUGCUCUCUCCGGCCUGCAAAUAGAUAAAUUGGAUCUGAAGAAUCUACCUAAUCGCCCAUACAAAGGUUUUCGAGCUCUCACACGAGCAGGGGAGUUUGAAGUUAGGUCAUAGCCUCGACUAUUGUGCCAAUGUGGGUUUGAAAAAAAGAGGCUUCUACUAGGUUUGAGAUAAUUAUUGUCCCAUUUGCUGUGAUAUUUCCAUUCUUGAAGCUGAGUUUUAUGGCUCGGUUUCUCUGCAGAGUGCUUAUACUGUUUUACUGGAAAUUAUUUCAUCCAUUGUAAUUUGUCAAUCAAAGGGAGUAACCAAAGGACUAGAAGCACAAACCUUGUAGGAAUCUAAACUUUGUAAACUGAUUUUGUCGAUGCAAUAGCUGUACAACUUGAUUUUGAGUUUAUGA